AUGAGUGAAGUAUUAACUGUGAUGAGAUUUGAAUUAAUACCAAAUGAAAUUUUAAUGGACUGCUUUGCAUAUCUUAGUGCAUCUGAAAUUUUUCAUGCAUUUGAUCGACUGAAUUAUCGUUUUUAUACACUUAUUCGAAAUAUUAAAUUACAUCUCAAUUUUCAUCACAUUCGAAAGUCAAUAUUUGAUCGAUUUUGUAAAAAAAUAUUAUUAGAACCACUAAUUAAAAGUCAAAUCUAUUCCAUGCAUUUAUCGAAUAAAGGUUCACAUGGCCAAAUCGAAGCAUUUCUAUCAUUAUUUUCAAUCGAUGAAUUUCCUCAUCUUCGAUCAUUAACAUUGACUUAA